ACAGUGCUAAGCUCGCUAAACUUCGUCUGUAGCGAAAUAUUCAGCAUCACAAGUGAGGAAAAGCGUCUUUACAACUCAUUCAAGUGCCUGUUUUGACUUCGGACAGUCAGUCGUCGGUGUCAAGAUGUGUCGUUUUUUACGCUACUGUGUCAGCCACUGCCUUCAUGCGGCGAUGACCCGGCUGGAGGAGGUCAACGGGGAGGUGAGCAUGUGGUCCUCUGUACGGUGGUUGGGCUACCUGUCCAGUCUCAACCUGCUGCUCGCCCUGUGCCUGGGCCUCUAUGCCCGGUGGGAGAGCACGGCAGAGUCCACUCUUCUUAUCAUUUUCGUUUUAGCUCUGGUCGUCCUCGGCGUAGCGAGUGUGCUGUACUACUACUUCAGCAUGGAGAGGGUCAGCCUCAGCCUCCUGCACCUGUGGUUCGGGUUUCUGCUGGGUCUGCUGUGUUUCCUCAACAACCGCUCCCUGCAGGGCGACGUGAAGGAGCAGGCGGCCAACUACAUGCUGCUGGCCAGUGUGGUCCUGAGGACGUUGUGGGCGCUGCUGGAGAGACUGCUGGGAUGUGCCAGGUACCGCCCGGCCUUCCUCACCUCGGCAGAGAGGCAGGAGCUGGUGGGCUUCGCCUCCGCCAGCACGGUUCUGCUCAUCCAGAAGUCACUGAGCGUCAUGGUGCUGGUGAUGGCGCUGGCCACGCUCAUGGUUGCCCUCCGGAUGAAAGCUGUCCUGGCACUGCCCAACCUGAUCUGCUUCGCUGUCAUCACUGCUGUACUGUUCUUCAGGUCUCUCAACAUCCCUACCAACCCUUUUGCCCUCGCCUGCUUCUUCAGCCAGCUCAUCUGUGACCCUCUGCUGGAUGUGUACUUCAGUGGUCUCUCUGUGACCGAGCGCUGGCAGCCUUUCCUGGUGUGGAGGGGUUUGUUUCGCAGGCUCUCCCUCUUGCCUCUGCUGGUGGUGGAGGUGACCUUCGUCGCCGUGGCAGCUCGGAAGCUGACGGACCUGGACCAGUGGUACCUGAUGAUCCCAGGCUUUGUGGUGGGUGCGCUCUUCUGGGCCAUCUGUCACAUAGUGUUUGUCAUCACUGUGUGGGGCUUUCACACCAAGCUCAGUGACUGCCAGAGGCUGUGUGUGAUCCAGGGGUCAGGGGUCAGCGGGCUGGACCGGGUCAUGGCAUCCAAGGGCAUGAGACACUUUUGCCUCAUCUCUGAACGCCUCGUGCUGUUCACACUGGUGUCAACUGUUGCUGUCGCUGCUUUUUCUUGGCAGGCCUCCAGCAGCUUCUUUGUGAGCGUGUUUCUGCUGGUCCUGCCUCUGGAGUCUCUGUUCCACGGUCUUUUCCAUGAACUUGGGAGCAGCCUAGGAGGAACCUGUGUGGGCUACGCGCUGGUCAUCCCAACCAACUACUGCAGUCCUGACGGUCAGCCAAUGCUGCUGCCUCCAGGUCAGGUGCAGGAGCUGAACAUGCGCUCUACAGGCAUGUUGAACAGCGUGCAGCGUUUCUUCGCUCACCACCUGAUUGAAACAUUUGGUUGCGAUUAUUCCACUAGCGGAGUGACCCUGGAAGCUCUGCAGGCCAAGAUCAAAUCCUUCUUGGAGCUCCGCACUGCUGACGGGCCUCGGCAUGACACCUACGUUAUCUUCUACAGCGGUCACACCCACCGUUCUGGAGAGUGGGCGCUGGCAGGAGGAGACACUCUUCGUCUGGAUCAGAUCUUGGAGUGGUGGAGGGAGAAGAAUGGCAGCUUCUGUUCACGCCUCAUUCUGGUGCUCGACUGCGACAACUCGUUGCCGUGGGUGAAGGAGGUCAGGAAGGUGGAGGGUGUACACGUAGCCGUGCAGGGUGCAACUCUCGCCCGGGUAAUGGACGUCGAGCUGCAGGACCCUCCGCAGCUCGGAGACUUUACCUCUCAGUGGGUAGAGUUUAACUGCAACUCUAACAGCCACAUCCAGUGGUCAGAGAGGGGCAGAGGGGUCUCUGCUUCCUACGGCAUCUCUAAACACUGGAGUGACUACACGCUUCACUUGCCGACAGGAAGUGACGUCACCACUCACUGGAGCAUGUACUUCCCCAGGAUGACCUACCCAGUGGUGCAGUUGGCGCUGUGGUGCGGCGGUCUGAACCUACUGUGGCUCUGCAGCGCCUGUCUGCGAUGUCUCAGGAGAAUCAAACUCAACUGGUUUCCACCAGCAAUACUGGACACUGGCCAAGGCUUCAAACUGGUCAAAUCUUGAAUGAUGAUUAAAUUCUAUUUUUACUUCUAGAAAAUAUUUCUGAAAGGAAAAUUUGUUUUUUUUUGGACCCUGAACAUUGGCAGCUCGUACACUCCUUACUAAUCAGUGUCCAUUUAGUUACUAAAAACCUGAGUUACUGAUUGGUGAAUUUUGAAAUUUUGUCUUUUUAGUACCAGUUUUUAUAUUUCUUGCAAAUUGUUGGUUUUUAGAUUUGAUAAUAGAAAUGUCAACUGAUGUGAUGAGACUAAGCACAUUGAUACUAUUUUGCACAUUUUUUCAUCAUAUUCACUGUUAGAUUUGAUUCCACCUUGAUACUAAGAGCAUUUGUGCCUUUUUACCGUAAGAUAUCCAAAGAACAUGACGCUCUCUAGGCUGAUCUGUUUAACCUUAAACCAAAGUGGCAACGGUACAUAUUCAGAUGAGCUCAAAAUGUUUUGUAAUUGUUUAUAAUUAUUUGUUUAUUUUGAUUGUGAAGAAAUGAUUCCUUCGACACCCCUCUGUAAUAUACAGUGGAUUUUAUUAAUUGUUUUCGAGUAUAUUCAGUGUGCUGCUUUGUGUCUAUUGUAACAGAUUUGUUUAAUGCUUUUGAGUUGAUUUUUUAAAAAUCUACUCUUGCAGCUUCAGGGAGCCCAGAAGGAGUUGUAUCUCUGCUGGUGAAUGCACUACAAGCUGAGGUGAGAGAACUACAGUAUUUAUCUCAUAAGAAAACACCAGAAAGUAAAUGCAUCAAUCUCAUGAUGGGAUUCAUCUACUUCCUGGUUGUUGUUUUUUACAGAUUAUUGUGCUAUGCAAGUUUAUUAUAAUCAGUUGUAUGCAUAUGUUAAGAAUUCAUGGAAAGAAUAUCAGGUGAAAGAUGGAGUCUGAGCUAUG